ACAAGGUUUUUAUGUGAAGGGUCACCUCCAAACAAGACAUGGAUCCUGGCAUAUCAAAAGAAUAUCUUGUGAAUGACAGCUUCCAAAGUGAUCGAGACGAGGAAACAGAGCCCACAACUACAGUUAACGUCGGAACUCGAGCUGUGCUCGAAGAACACAUUGGCGUUCCUACAUCUGCCUUGUCGAUCAACUCCGCUUCGCCUCGCGGUGAAACUAAAGGCAAAAUUUUGCUGGAUACCGACAAACGCCGUUUAGUCAACAAGUCUGGUGAGCUGAAAGUUCUUGCAAAGAAUGUUCCUCGUAAAACAAGACUUUAUCUUGCAGACAUAUUUACGACUAUGAUAGAUUUGCGCUGGAAAUGGGUCAUAUUUAUAUUUAUAUCCAGCUACAUCAUCUCAUGGGUUGUUUUUGGUUUCAUUUGGUGGCUGAUAGCGUAUGUGAGGGGCUCAACAAUCUGCAUUGAGAAGGUUAGAAGCUUUACAGCUGCUUAUCUUUUCUCUGUUGAAACUCAAGAAACAAUUGGUUAUGGGCAGAAAGCAAUCACAACAAAAUGCCCUGAGGCAGUCAUAGUCCUGCAACUUCAGACCCUUGUGGGAUUACUUAUAGACGCGUUCAUGCUAGGACUGACAUUUGCCAAGCUCUCGAGACCACGAGAGCGGGGGAAGACUGUUAUGUUCUCGGAGUAUGCUGUUAUAGCCCCGAGAGAUGGAAAAAUGUGUCUGAUGCUUCGAAUUGGAGACGUGAGAAAGAGUCAAAUUGUUGACGCAUCUGUCCGAAUGCAGCUAUUCAGAACUCACACUACUAAAGAAGGAAAAGAAAUCCCGUUUCACCAAGAGGAUCUUAAAGUGUGCUACGAUUGGCGUGACCCUGACAACGACUUCAGGAAUAAACUGUUUUUACUCUUGCCUCUAGUAGUCAUCCACAUAAUUGACGAGAACAGUCCCUUUUAUGACGUCACACCUCAAAUGCUCCAGCGCUCAGAUUUCGAAGUUGUGGUAGUACUGGAUGGAGUGGUUGAAGCGACCGGGCUGAACACGCAGCCUAAGUCUUCUUACCUCAGCAGUGAGAUCUUGUGGGGCUAUGACUUCUGUAACACUCUGGAGAAGUCUCAAUUCAGCGAGAAAGGCUUCUACCAUGCCGAUUUUUCUAGAUUGAAUGACAUACGUGUGGUUGAAACGCGAAGGUGUUCGCCAAGAGAGUAUUACAGGCAGAAACAACAGGAAGAGGCCUAGAAACGUGUGUUUUUUCAGUCCAUGAAGUGCUUUCUCUCCUUCAUAUUGGGAAAAAUCAGUGCUCAGAAAAAGUGACCGCAGUGGUCAAAGUCGGUCAUGUGUAAUUGGAUUAUUUUUUGUCAGUCUUUACACCAAUUUCCCGCGUAUGAUUUAAAAGGAAAACAUUAGGAACGGAAGAUUGCUGUUAUUCAAUAUAUGCGGAAAAAUUGAAUCGUUCUUAGAAAAAUACCAAAGGACAAC